CUUUCUUCGAUACGUCCCUCUAAAUUUCGAGUUCCAUUCUUUGCGAAACUCAAGAGCACAAUUGACGAUAUCCGCAUACAAUCUACAAUUUCACAGUUUUCAUCGACCAAUUCAACAUUUCUUGCCAUAGCCUUAAGCCUAACAAGUUUCUCAAUUGACAUACGCAGGAACUUAGGCAAUGAGACUAUUUCUGUCAACGUUGGCAUUGGUGACUCAUGUCAAACCUUCACCGUUCACAAGUCUAUACUUCAACAGUGUACCACUUACUUUGAGUCCAACAAACUAUUUGACACCAUGGCUGCACCACAAGGAAUGAUCUUCCUCAAUGAUGAGAAUCCAAAAGUCUUCAAACUUUUUGUUGAUUGGGCUUACAACGGAACCGUUCAAAAGCCUCAAUCCAAGUUAUACGUCAAAAGCAAAACCAUCUCUGGUAGAAAUUGGUCGUCUCGAGUUGGAGCUCCUCGGAAAGUUCAAUGGAAGCCUCAAAACUCUGGUCAAUUUAUACUCACUUGCCGAAAGAUGGGAAUUUCAUAACUUGAUGAAUCGUACCAUUGAUGCCAUUCAAGAUGGCUAUGUUGAGUUUGGUACUGUCUUCGGACCCGGUCUUGCAGCCCAAAUUUGGCAAGAGACAAAGUCAGAUUCUACCCUGCGAGAAUUUUGUAUUGCAAGCACAGUUAUGCAUAUGGAUCGUGGUUGCACUAAACUUCGACAAGAAGUGAUGCCGCAUUGCAUUGUAGUCCCUGGAUACUUUGCAGGCAUGCUUAGAUGGGUUUCCAGAAACUUUCAUCUCAUGGGUCGACGUUCGAAGGAAGUGGUGGAACCAUGGAACUCAAAUGAGAGCUUUAGCAUGCUUCAUAGAUCCAAACUCUGUCCCUGCCACUUUCACGUACACCCUACUGGUCAGGCACACAAAGGACACAAAUCAUGUGCAGUUCCGUUCAUGGACUGCUCAUAUCCAGAAGAUGAUGAGAAGAUGGAAGGACUUGAUAUCUUGAACCUGGUUAUGGGAUUUGCGAUGAUGGGAUGCAACCUGUGCGAUCCACAGUAGGAUUAUCAAGUAUGAGAUUGAUUGAGACAAUAUAUAUCAGAUCGGAGGUCAGGGAUUUGCGCAGCCUUGC